GAUGGUUCCACAGGAGAGGAGGCUGAUAGCUGAAGGCUCAAGCACAGAAAAACCUUCAGUUUCAUUCGAAGGUAUGUCGAUAGUACGUAGUCCAGACUCCUGGGGGACGACAGGGGAGAGGAGUCGCGGUCAAACUACUCCGGUGCCGUUCACCACUGAAUUUACCAAGAUGCUGACGAAGAGCAGUCCGCGCUUUGGUUCCUUGAGUCAUCACUCAUUCUUCUCCCGGCACAACCCUCAUCCACAUAGGGUGAGGCAUAUUCAAGGUCUCAAUGGUAGGCCCGUUUGCAUGGUGAGAGAUGACUGGUUUGUCACUUCUUCAUUAUUUCCUCAUCCACUUCUCAAGAGCCACGUCCUCAGGAAAGCAACUGACCCGUCUUUUGCUUUUCCGCCUGCUCAGAGUCUUAAUGGAUUCGGCAGGAACAAAAACAAAUCAGCACUAUUUUCAGAGGCCUGGAGGGACGAACUUAAAGAACUUGCUGCAAAAGUCAGUUUGUCUUCUCAAGCACAAAAGGACAAAAAAGAGGACCAUCCAGAGGAAGAAUUUGUCCGUCGGAAGACCCAAUAUUCAGCUGAAACCGGAAGAAUCAUCCCUCCAUCUGUCAAGUCUUACCAGCGCAGAUCCCAUUCCCAGCGCCUGAUUUAUCCUCAGCCCUUCCAUGAUCAAGAACUCAUGGUGUUGGAAAUACUUUGUCAGAUCCUGCAGACAGAUUCCUUGUCCACAGUCCAACAGUGGCUUCUGCUUGCAGGCCAAAGAGAGAAAGACCUGGUGAUGGCGAUGAUCAAGCAAGCUCUGGAUGGUGUCGAGCUCUCGGGCCAUCAUCAGCAGAACUUCCAGCCGCUCCAGGCUUUUCAUCCUGGUCCAUCUCCACCGGUAUAUGGUCCAUCAUUUGACCAGCCGUGGAGAAAACCACAGAAAAAGUGGUCAGGCUCACACAGAGUUAACCGAGCUUUGAGCGAGGACAAACCAGAGAGGAUAGGAGAUGCAGAGGUCCUUGAAGUCCACGCAGGAGCUCAGAAUCAUCUUCAAGAUCAUCCACUUAAGCACACAGAAAGUAUCUAGAGUUUCCAGAUUUUCAUCAUGGUGAUAAGUGUACUGAUUUCCUUAUUAUGAGAAGUUAUUGGUUCCCUCGUGCAUUGCUCCCACGAUAUACAUAUAUCUCAGGUUUUCGUCAGCAUGUUUGCUGUGUAGAUGAUUCUCAGAAACACAAGCCAAUUUAAUGAGGAGUUCACAAGACUAGUUUUAAUUUGCAAUUCAUUAAUACAAUAUACUGUAAGUUUGAUAGUGUUACAUGAUACUGUGGAUGACGUUAGCUAACUGUACAUCAGCUGAAGGAUCAUGUUUUGAAACUGAGAACAGCAGCAUGACCAGUUUAACUAGUGUAAUCUCUUUCUGAGGAGAAAUAAAACUUAAAUAACUUUAAAUUGGAUAUUAGGAUUUUUUUUUCUGUGCACCUAAACAAAAAAAACUUAAUAAAAUC